GCCCGGUCCCAGUGUCGUAUGUAGUGUGUGCGAGGCGGGUGUGCCCAUCUCACCUCCGUGGCUAUGCGGCUUUACACCCCGGCCAAGGCACUUCCGGACCACCUCCGCCGAGGGUGGCACCAAGAGGCACGGCUGCUUGGCCCCGGCUCGUCUUGGAGGCACUCCCGCGGGGCGUGCGUGGCAUCGGGGCACCGCCUCUGCUUAUGGCAUGAGUUGGCCUGAGGAAUGCAGACCCCAGGUAGAGACGAAGAGGCGCCGUCGCUGCUGCCAGCCGUCGCUCACCAGGAUCAGCCGUCGACGUCGCUUGGGGAAGAUGUAGCCCCGCGGACCGACGCGCCGCCUCGCGAGGACCGGACUUUCAACUUCGACUCUCGAUCAGCGGAUCUCGCCGACCGCUCCAUCGAGAAUGAACCCCGACUCGACGAAAGGUUGCAGAUAAAUGCUCCACGAAUUGACGACAAACCCCAGCUGAAUCUGGCACGACUAGACGACAAGCUUCACCUGAACGGGCCCCUGCGCGAGGAACAGCUCCCGGGCAGCCCGACGCGAAGCCGCUUCAUUGGAGUCGAGGUGGUCCCCGGUACCCCAGAACGGACCCCAGACGCUGAACCACGACAGUGUCCCCCACGAGAAUGGUUCCGACACCCUGAGGUCGCUCGACAGCGUGCCAUGGAACCUAGACGGGACUCAGACCAUCAUAGAAAACGGGUCCAGAGCGGGCGUGAAGAAUGGAUCUGCCCUCGCCGAAGAAAACGGCCAGGAAUCGCACAUCAGUCUGGAGGAGGAACUGAAGCAACAUCGGGAAGAGAACAAGAGGCUCAAAGCUGCCCUGAGCGAGGCAGCCGAAGUGAACAACCAGUGGCGACAGUACCACGAUGAACGCCAGAGUUACGUUCAGCGUCUUCUGACGACCAUUCACGAACUGCAACAUUCCCAGCCCACCGCCCACUCCCCCAGACAGCUGGACGGCGAGGGAAGCGGUUCCAGCGGACAUGACGCUGAGGUCAGAAGACUGCGAGAAAGUAUGGCUCGAAUGCAGGCGGAUCACGAGG